AUGAAGGUCGCCGCAACUCCGGUGGAAGGAGCCGAGCCCUUUGCGGAAAAUUUCAUUCGCGAAGCUGCCUGCAGAGCCCGACAACUGCAGCCGAACAAUCCUGGACAUGCGACUGCAGAGCACGGAGAAGCGGGACACGCGGCAGAGGACAAUGAUAUCUCUGAGCACGAGCGUUCGGAGCUGUUGAAAAGUAUUGUUCAUGCUACACACACUAUCUGCCAGUGGAAGAUUGAGGGCGAGUCCUGUAUUGUGGUCUUCGCGUCAUUCAAACCCACCCCUCGGAUGCUGACCGCCUUCAAGCGCACCAUGUUGGAAGGGGUGAUCACCAGGAGAAGAUUUCCAGAUUCCAGGAUCGAUGAUGCUGCCAUUGGGGAGUAG